UUUCUUUCCACACCCCUGGGUCACGUACCCACCCUCUCCAGGGGCACGGACGAUUGUGUGUAGCGGAGGCGGUGGGCGCUUCCCGCUCCCCCCGUGUCUGGGGCUCCGGAGAGGAGGCGGAGGAGGAAGAGGAAGAUGACGAGCCAGCGCAAUUAGCCUAACAAGGGACGGGUGGCGGCAGCGGCGGCUUUACCCCCGCACUGACACAUCUCCCCUCUCUCCCUCGUUAGCCAUGAAGGUGGAAGCCGGGGAGUUCAGCUGAAGUCCAGGGGGAUCGUCCUGCCCUGCCCCAUGGCAGCUCCGUGAAGCCUCCCCCCAGCCCCGGCGCGGGGCCGGCUCGGGUUGCUGCUGGGCGUUGGGCGGGCGAGCGUGUGUUUUCCAAUGAGGGCUCCAGAGGAUUUGCUCCUCCUUUGUAACCGGGAAUGAAAUAAUGGCGACCCGAUGGGCAGCGGGGCCGCCCGGGGCAGACGGAGGCACCGAGCCGCCCGCAGGCAGCAGCAGCCAGGUGUCAAAACAUAAAGAUGGAAAUGAGCAGAGUGAAGUUGUAUCGCCAUCGGAGGAAGAAGAAACAUUCUCUUGGCCUGGUCCAAAAACAGUUGUGUUAAGGAGGACGUCUCAGGGUUUUGGUUUUACCUUAAGACACUUCAUUGUUUACCCUCCCGAGUCUGCUGUUCACUUUUCUUUUAAAGAUGAAGAAAAUGGAAAUAGAGGAGGUUUUAUGAAUAUCAUCAAAGACUUGAAAGGGAUUAGGGGAGCAGCAUAA